AUGUCUGUUUUCACCAGUCCGCAAACAAAUCCUGAGGGCCUUCCUACACAAAAUACAAAUAAUAAUAAUCAAUCAGAAGUUGGAAACGUGUCUUCAGGGAUACAUGGAACGCCUGAAACUUGCAAUGAUCCUUAUAUUGAACCUUCACGAACGCAUUUGCUCCCCCUUAAAUCAUUGAUAACUGAAACACAUUCUAACGACAAAUUGCAGUGGAUAUCUUCUGUUGUUGAUUCGGCUAAACGGAGAUUUGGAAGAAUCCCUCGUGGUGGAUGGAACCUCAUUGUACAUAAUUUCAAUACCCGUUUUCUUGUUCAGAAAAGCAUCUCCGAUGUUAAAAAAUUAUUGAAAGUGAAACCCCAUAGUGAGACUUGUGGUAAUCAAAAUGAUGUGGGUGUAACAGAAAACGGAAAUUCACUGUCAAAAACAGAAAUUUCUUUAUAUGGAAAAUGUAAAGAAGAAUUUAAUUUCCAAAUUAAGAGAGUUGUAUCAAUAUCAAGGGAUUCGAGAAAGCCUACCAAAAAGAUUCCAUAUAAAUUGGUUAAGAAAGAUAUUCUGGUUGCUUUGGAUGCAGUGAUUUCAAAUUAUGUAUUGACUUGUCCUCCAAAGGAUAUAAACGAAAUCACGGAUAUUAUUUUUGCAGGACAAUGUGCAUACGAAAAUUUGGUUCUUAAAAAUAAAAUAAGAACCUCUUGGAGGGAAAAUAUUGAGAAGAGAAUUACUAAAUUCAAAGAGAACCUCACUCUUAUUGCUAAUUUCUCCAGUCUGAAAUCCAAAAGUGAAAAGGAUACGGCCCUGGACUUUAUGUGCUCCUUUGGAUAUAAGAAGUCGAGAAAGGGAGAAACCACCAGAAUAUGUACGUUAAUUGAAGAUAGAAUAAAAAUCAUGGAAAAAAGGAUUUCGAUUUAUGAGUCACGAAAAUCAUUUAGAAGAGACAAUUUUUGUUUUGAACUCAACAGAAGGAGGUUUUACCGAAACCUGAAUGGUGGAGAAGAUAAUAAAUAUACGUUGCCAGAAGGUGAAUGUUUGUCAUUUUGGGAGAAGAUAUGGAAAAAAGAUGAAAAUCAUAUUGUUACUGAUGUUGUUGGAAAACGUAUAACUGGCAUAGAACAAUCCCCAGUUGACAUCAAACCAGACUUUAUCAAAAGUAUUAUUAACUAUGCGCCAAACUGGAAGACUUCUGGAUGCGAUGGAGUAUACUGCUUUUUAUUAAGAAGUUUGAAUCUCUCCAUAAUUAUUUAUGUGAUGAAAUUUUGA